UAUGGUUAUUAGGCGUGCAUUUAUUUUUACAUCCUUUCAGCAAGUACCCAGUGACCCCAUUGGGCCAGACCCUCUCUCAGAUGUAGAGAUCGACUACAAUAAAGAACAAAAUAGAUAAGAUCCCAUCCUCUUAGGGCAUGUGUUUUAGUUCGGAAGAGAGGAAACUAAAUAGUUACAGAUGAGGCUGAGUGCUCAGUUUGAGAAGAGCAGAGUCGAGGGAGGGACUCAGAGAUCUUUAAGCAGAUUCUGGGAAGCGAAUUUCAGGCAGAAAGCACACAAAAAAGAGUAAGCGAGAAAGAGCCUGACACGGGGCACGGACCGAGACAUUGUAACUGAACAUCGAGUGACGUCCGACCGGUAGGCAGGGGCUUUGUGGGUCUUGUGAGGAGGUUUGGAAAUUGAGAGUUAUUUUUUUGGACGUGGUAAGUGACUUACCUAAGUGGGUCAGGUGAAAGAGUCAAUAAUCACCUGGAUAAGAGUUUGACACUAGGGGCAGUGAUACGGGCUGCUCAGGGAAGUGGCCUAUGGACUGAGAGGUAAAUUUGGCCAUCAUUACUGUAUAGCUCCCAGCUCGUUGGUGGCUCAGAUGGUAAAGAAUCUGCCUGCAGUGUAGGAGACCCAGGUUCGAUCCCUAGUCAGGAAGAUCCCCUGGAGAAAGGAAUGGCUACCCACUCCAGUAUUCUUGCCUGGAGAAUCCCAUGAACAGAGGAGCCUGAUGGGCUGCAGUCGGUGAGGUCCCAAAGAGUCUAAGCUACAGCCACCAUGAAGAACUCUCCUUCAGGGCCCCGUGGACGCCACCACAGCACCGCCUCACCUGCAGAGCGGGCGUUCCCCACGGCCCUGCCCCGGAAGGCCCCUCUCAACACUCCUGGCACCCCAGUCCUGGAAGACUUCCCUCAGAAUGACGAUGAGAAGGAGAAGCUGCAGCGGCGGCGCUCCAGGGUCUUUGACUUGCAGUUCAGCACAGACUCCCCACGCUUGCUGGCCUCCCCGCAUUUGCUGGCCUCCCCCUCCGGCAGGAAUGUUGAUGUUUCAGCUACAAUGCCCAAGUUUACAAAUACACAGAUUACUGAACAUUACUCCACCUGUAUCAAACUUUCUACUGAAAAUAAAAUCACCACCAAGAAUGCUUUCGGCUUGCACUUGAUUGAUUUUAUGUCAGAGAUUCUUAAACAGAAAGAUGCCGAACCGACCAACUUUAAAGUAGCUGCUGGCACUUUGGAUGCCAGCACCAAGAUCUAUGCUGUGCGUGUAGAUGCCGUCCAUGCAGAUGUAUACAAAGUCCUAGGGGGGCUGGGCAAGGAUGCGCCACCUCCGGAAGAAGCAGAGGACCAUGGUGCAGAUGGAAGUGCAACUGAAACAGGAACAGCCAAGAAGGCCCCAAAGCCAAGGAAGAAGCACUCAUGCAAAACCAUCGAGCAGAAUGUAAACAACCUCAAUGUCUCCAACGCUGAUCGGAAGUACGAGGUCGACCCCAUGUUCCAGAAGACAGCAGCCUCGUUUGACGAGUGCAGCACUGCAGGCGUGUUCCUCUCCACCCUCCACUGCCCAGACUACAGGAGCGAGCUGCUGUUCCCCACCGACAUCCAGACCCUCUCCAGCGGGGAGCCUCCUGAGCUGCCGGAUUUGGGCUGGGUGGAAAUGACCGACUUAAAAGCGGCCCUGCAGCAGUGCGCGGAAGAUCGCCAAAUCUGCCCUUCCCUGGCCGGCUUCCAGUUCACUAAAUGGGACAGUGAAGCACAUAAUGAGUCAGUGUCAGCCCUGGUGGACAAGUUUAAGAAGAGCGACCAGGUGUUUGACCUCAAUGCCGAGGUGGAGGACAGUGACUGCGAGGACUUCCCCAACGGGCCCCUGGAGGAUGACUUCGAUGCCAAUGAUGAAGCAGAGCAGACCGCAGCGGGGGACCGCACCGAGCUCGGGAGCUGGAAGGAGCCCUGCCAGGUUCAAAGCUGCCAAGACGAAGUGAUUCCCCUUGGGGACGGAGACAUUUGGACCUUGUGUCCCCUUCUGUCCAUGAAGCCUGGAGAGUAUUCCUACUUUAGCCCCCGCACCAUGUCGAUGUGGGCUGGCCCGGAUCACUGGCGCUUUAGACCUCGACACAAAUGUGAUACUGCUUCACAAUCAGAGCAUAGAAAGAAGAGCUCGAAGGAUUUUAAAAUUGACUUUGACGAUGAUAUUGACUUUGAUGUACAUUUUCGAAAAACAAAGGCUGUUACUGUUCUGACCAAGUUCACUUUGGAGAACCAGAGUUGGAGAGCCACUACUCUUCCUACAGAUUUCCAGUAUGAGACUAAAGAUCUGGUCCAGCUGCAUCUCAAACCAGGCACCAGGUUACUGAAGGUGGCCCAAGGCCAGAAGGCAGGGACCGAGCAUGAUGAAGAAAUUGGAGACUAUGAUUACAACAACCCUAACGACACCUCCAACUUCUGCCCUGGGUUACAGGCCGCUGACAGCGAUUAUGAAGAGUCCGAUGACUUGUUUGUGGGACCAGCUGGAACCCUUGACCAUUCUGAUCAUCCGUCUGCGACAACACAAGGCAACGGUGAGGCAUCUGAAGUCCACGGACCGGACAUCACCACUUACGGGGAGUCAAACCUGGUAGCUGAGCCUCAGAAGGUAAAUAAAAUUGAAAUUCAGUAUGCCAAGACUGCCAAAAAGAUGGACAUGAAGAAGUUGAAGCAGAGCAUGUGGAGUCUGCUGACGGAGAUCCCCAAGCAGGCAGACGCAGAGGUAAACCACAGUGAGAAUGGAGAAGCAGGACCCUUUGAGGAGGGGGCUGACAAGAAACUCAGCAGUCUCACAAAGGACCUGCAGAAGAGCCUGCCUCCCCUUAUGGCUCAGAACCUCUCCAUACCUCUGGCCUUUGCGUGUCUCCUACAUUUAGCCAAUGAAAAGAAUCUGAAGCUGGAAGGAACCAAGGAUCUUUCAGAUGUUCUGGUGCGGCAGGAGGACUGAGCUCGUGGGGGGCGGUCCUCGCUCCCACAGUGACCAGGAUGCCCACACUUGGGGCUGAGAUGCCAGGGGUCUGAGGCGAAGCCUCAGCGACUGCCAGCACGCCUUCUCUCCUUCACCGUCUGGGAACCAGCUCCCUGACCAACUCUUGUCCUUGAUGGAAGCUUUCUGUUCUGUGGUGAGCACCUAGGAGGGAAGAGAGGGCAAGGAUACUGGCCCUGAUCACGGAAGCAGUGUCCACUCUUCGUAUCCACGUAGUUUGUCUUCUCACUGCUCUGUUCUCCAUACUUUAUUCUUGUAGAAAAGAAUUUCCCAGUAGGCACUUGUCCUUUAAUAGCUACCAAAACCUUGUAUAUAAAAUAUACCAUUUAUGUGCCUAUAAAUGUGUAUAUAAGCUUAAAAAUAAAAUCCUUUGAGUAGUUUGUUGA